AUGUUGAAGAUGUGUGUUGCAUUGUUCAGGUUCGUUAAGCAUAAGAACCAGGAUUCUGGUAACAAGAAAGAUGUGCGAGGAGCUCCCAUGUCAGUUGACUUCUCGCAAUCAAGGGAUAUAUAUGUGAGGAUAGUUCAUGCAGGUGGGAAAGAGGAACUGUAUCGAAAUGUUGUUCCUGUAUCUCACCUGAUGAAAAAACAUCCAGGGAUGUGUAUUACACGUACCGAAGUUUUUACGAAUCCUGAUGAGUCCCUUUUACGUCCUGGAGAUCGCCUGUUGCCUGGCCAAAAGUAUUACAUUAUCCCAUCCUCUACAGUCCAAAAACUGAAGAGUAGACACCGAAAGAAGCUUCAGGUCAAACGAGCAGCUGAAGGCAGAGAGGAAAGGCCAGAUGCAAGGAUCACUAGGGAUAUAUCUGGAGAAAACUUGGAGGAAUCUGUUUAUUCAGCAAAAGACUUCUAUGUUGCCAAGCCUUCCAAGGCAUCUAAAGUUCCAAAGGAGAAAGAGUCGAAACAUUCAGGGCGGAAAGGUAGAGGGGUGAAGAAGCCUUUUGUACCCCCACUCCCGAGGGCAUCGAUGUUGCGCGAAUCAGGUUGGGAACCCAGUUUAACUUCUAUUCAAGAACUUUCUCCAUGACUUUUUUCUACCUCAAGCUUCUGUUCACCCUCCUGUUCGGGUAACAUGCUUGUUAUUUCCUUUAGAUGCUUGUAAGGGAAGUAUAUUAACUUGAAUAAAUCAAAAACAUGCAUUUCC